AUGGAGUGCAACAAGGAAGAAGCUUCAAGAGCUAAGGAUUUAGCUGUGGUAAAGCUGCAAGAAGCAGACUAUGCUGGUGCUAAAAGGAUUGCCCUCAAGGCUCAAAAGCUUUUCCCUGGCCUUGAAAAUAUUUCUCAGCUGUUAACUGUUUGUGAAGUUCAUUGCUGUGCUGCUGUUAAGAUCAAUGGGGAGGCUGACUGGUAUGGUAUCCUUCAAGUAGAAACAACUGCAGAUGACAUGUUACUCAAGAAACAAUACCGCAAACUUGCUCUCUUACUCCAUCCAGAUAAGAACAAGUUUGUGGGUGCUGAAGCUGCCUUUAAGCUAAUUGGAGAAGCUCACAUGAUACUGACAUAUAAAGUAAACCUUUCGCGUCAUGACUCAAAAAGGAACUCAGUUAUUCCAAAAUCUGCACCAAAGAAGCAUGGACGACCAUCAAAGAAAACUGACUAUGUUGCUAAGAGGGCCAAUAAGGAGAACACUGAUGCUGGAUAUUCAACUUUCUGGACCAUUUGCUUGACUUGUGGAACCAAAUACCAGUAUCCAUAUAGUUUUCCAUAUAGUUUGUUGAUGAAAGUUCUCUGGUGCCAGAUCUGCUCAAAGAGUUUCGUUGCUUAUGAUUUGUCUAAGAAACCAUCUGUCAGAGUGGAAGCAUCAAAUCCAUUGACUGGAUUUGGGAUGCAACACCAAAUGUUCCCCCCAAAUCAAUGGACACACUUUGCCAACCAACAACACAAUUACCAGUGUGUCCCUACUCAGCAAAAUCCUAUCACUGGUCAUCAAGCUCCUGUCCCCAGCCAGCAACAGCAACCUCAGGAUGUCUCUGGGCCAAAGAAUGUGGUAAAUUCUCAUCCAUGGGGUGGAUCUGGUAUGCAACAGGAAAUGUGUCCUCUGAGUCAACCCACACAUGUGUCUGACCAAAAACUCUACUAUCAAAGGGCCCCCUGUCAGCAAAACCCUGUCAAUGGUCAUCAAACUCCUGUCACUGACCAUCAACAGCAAUCUCCGAAAGUUGUGGAUAAGAAUACUUCUGUCACUACCCAGCCACAAUCUACAAAAACCCCUUUCAAUUCAGGAUCAAAGAAUGUAGCGAGUUCUCAAGGGGCAGCCUUCCCGAACAAUAAUGCAACUGCAAACAGUAACCUUAUGGCUGAAGCUGGGGCUUGUAAUAGAGAAAAGAUUACAAGGCCAUCAUUCAAUGAUGAAAAUGGCGAAGAUAGAACUAAAUCACCAGUUGUGAAUUCUGAUAAAGUUGAUCUAGUAAACGAGCAAAUGAAGGGAAAGGAGGUGACUACAGGAUCCAGUCAUCCUGUUGCCAUAAAUGGUAGCCAGGUUGCUACGAAAGAUGAUGUUCUUGCUGCCACAACAAGCCAGCAGAGAAAUAAUGUCAUUGUUGAAGAUGGGUCUGAUGGGUGUGGAAAGGUUAGCGAUCAUCGUCCUGAUUCUCCUGCAAAGAAAAGGAUAAGAAAAGAACAUUCUUCCUAUACUGGUGGCAAAAGUGAUCAUACAACAGAAAAUGAAGUUGCUGAAGCAAACAGCCAACACAAAUAUAGUAUUCCAAGCAAAGAGAAGAUGACAAAUGAAAAAGAAGAAGUGAUCAGUGGCUUAAAUCACAAUGUGUUGCAAGGAACUAAAAGAAAACAACAUACUGCAAGUUCUGGAAGUGGAAGCGAUGCUGCUGCUAGAUCUGUGAACAAUAGUAUUCCCUGCAAUAUUACAGUUUCAUGUCCAGAUUCAGAUUUCUAUGACUUUGAGAAAAACAGGGAUGCAGAUCGAUUCACAGUUGAUCAGAUAUGGGCAAUUUAUGAUGAUCUUGAUGGCAUGCCAAGAUACUAUGCUCGAAUUAAUCAGGUUUACUCUCCAAACUUCAUGUUGCAGUACACAUGGCUAGAGCAUGAUCCUUUGUGUGAUGCUGAGAAGGAAUGGUCUUCUAAGGAGCUGCCUGUUGCAUGUGGAAAUUUCAGAGUUGGAACAACACUCUUGACUGAAGAUACCAAGAUGUUUUCUCAUGUUGUUUCUUGGACAAAAGGAAGGAAGAGGAACAGAUAUGAGAUUUAUCCUAAGAAAGACUUUGCUACGGGUUUAGGCACUUAUGUGGUUCCCUUGGUAAAGAUUAAAGGUUUUGUCAGCUUAUUUGUUCAAUCAAGCAAUGAAGCACCAUUUCUGAUACCUAGUGGCAACACCCUUAGUUUCUCGCACAACAUCCCUUUUCACAGGUUGGCAGAAACUGAGAGGAAACACAUCCCAAAUGGUGCUCUUGAGCUGGAUACUGCAUCACUACCUUCUAAUUUGGAGAAAGCGUUUACUCCUAUGAACCUUGACAGCAGUUUUAUGAGCACCAGAGAUGGUAACACUGCAUGUAAUGUUUCAUCUACCAGCUCUUGUAAAGUGCCAGUUGGAAAGACCGAACAGAGUCAGGAUGGUACUGGUACAGAUGUGAAGGAUGAAGUUGAGAAAUUGAAUCAGAAUACAAAGAUUGAACAAGAUAAUGGCUCAGAAGCUUCAGUGAUUGAUCAUUGUGGUGAUGGGUGGAAUGAUAGCUCUCCACCAGAAUCUCCAACUAGCUUUUGUUACCCUGAUACAGAGUCUUGCAACUUUACUAGUUUGAGAUCAUUUGACAAAUUCAAGAAAGGGCAAGUAUGGGCACUGUAUUGUGAUACUGACAAGUUCCCAAAGUACUAUGGUUUAAUAAAGAGCGUCGAUUCAGAAGACUGCAGAAUUCACAUAAAGUGGCUUGAGCACUGUCCAUGUGAACAAGUGGAGAAGCGCUUGGCACAAGACGGUUUUUCUAUUGGCUGUGGAAUAUUUGAAGUCAGCAGGCAAAGUGAAAUCUAUGAUUGUACAGAAGUCUUCUCUCACAAUAUGGAGGUAUGGGCUAUAUACAAGAACUGGAGCCGUGCAUGGAGCUUCGAAGAUUACAGUAGAUGUGAAUAUUUUCUGGUCGAGGUCAUGGAGAUUUCUAAUGGAAAUAUAACAGUGUCAUGUCUUACUAAAGUGGAGGGGUUUAGCACAGUAUUCAUGCCAGAGCAGAAAGGUGAAUCCAGGAGUUCCAUGAGAAUAGCAAGGAGUGACUUGAUUAUGUUCUCUCAUCAGAUUCCUGCCUUCCGCUUGACAAAUGAAAACGACCAUCUUUGUGGUUACUUGGAACUUGAUCCUGCAUCACUACCAGAAGUUUUACUGUGCUAUGUUGACAAAGCUGUGGUACUGGAUUGUUUAUUUUGGUUAUUAACUGUACCUUGUGUCAUGUAA